AUGGAUAUUCUUGUGUCAUGUCGGCAAAUGAUCAAAGAAAUGAUAAAUUUAUCCGGCACGCAGAUGAAAAUUUUUCUUAUGGAUAAAGAAACGGUGAGAUUUCAUUUUUUGCAGAAAUUUUAAAAAUUAUUUUGAAUCCAUAUUUUUUCAGACAUCCAUUAUUUCAUGCUCAUAUGCCCAAUCCGAAAUUAUGCAGAAAGAAGUGUAUCUUUUUGAUCGACUUGAUUCAAAAGUGGCAAGAGAUAGUAUUGGACAUUUGAAAUGUAUAGUUUUUGUGAGACCGACUGCAGAAAAUAUUGCAUUACUUGUCAGUGAAUUGAAGCGACCAAGAUAUAAUCAAUAUUAUAUUUGUGAGUUUAUUUAUUUUCAUAUUUAUAUUCUGUUUAGAAAAUGAAUAGUUUUAUAGAUUUUUCAAACGUUGUGAAUAAAUUUGAUUUGAAAAGUUUGGCGGAAGCUGAUGAAAAUGAGGUUGUUCGAGAGGUUCAUGAAUUUUUUAUGGAUGGAAUUGCACUUCGGAAAGAUUUGAAUACGAUUAAUUUAACACGAAUUUAUGAGCAAGGAUUUUCCUUGAAGCAAACUGCUGCUGAAAGAAUCAAACAAUCAAUUAUUGCUCUUUUAUUGCAACUCAAGAAAAAUCCAGCAAUCAGAUAUCAAGCAUCAUCUUCAAAUUGUUCCAAAUUAGCUGAUGAGGUCUCACAAGUUAUUCGAAGAGAAAAUACAUUAUUUGAAACAGCACAAAGUGAUGUUGUAUUAUUGAUUCUCGAAAGAUCUCAAGAUGUUGUUACACCACUUUUGAAUCAGUGGACUUAUGAGGCAAUGAUUCAUGAAUUGAUUGGAAUUACGAAUAAUCGUGUGAAUGUUGAGAAUCAGAGUAUGGUUUUGAGCGAGUUGUAUGAUGAUUUUUUCACAGAGAAUAUUAUCUCAAAUUUUGGUGAAAUUGGGCAAAACAUCAAAACUUUGAUUAGCGAAUUCCAAGAGCAAUCAAAAAUCAACAAAAACCUUGAAAGUAUUUCCGAUAUGAAAAAGUUUGUUGAAGAUUAUCCGCAAUUUAAAAAAAUAUCUGGAACAGUUACAAAACAUGUUGCAUUAGUUGGAGAACUGAGUAAAAUUGUGCAACAAAAUAAUUUAUUGGAGAUAUCGGAAGUUGAACAAAGUAUUGUGGCUGAUGGAGAUCAUUCAAGAUGUUUGGAACGCAUUCGAAAUCUUGUAUCGAAUUCAAGAACAACGAAUUUGGACGCAGUUCGAUUGGUUUUGUUAUAUGCUUUGAAGUUUGAGACAAAUCCAAAUAAUGAGAUUAGUUCACUGAUUGGAAGUUUGCGAUUACGUGAUUCAACGGCCAGUAGAGUUGCUGCAAAUAUUCUGAAAUACGGAGGACAAUCCAAACGUUCAGCAGAUCUUUUUGGUGGUGGAUCAACAAUUGAAAUCACAAGAAAGUGAGUGUUUUUAUUGUAUGAAUGAAUAUUUGAUUUGUUUUAGAUUCAUGAAAGGAUUGAAAGGAGUUGAGAACAUCUACACCCAACACGAGCCAUAUAUCAAAAAAGUUGUUGAGCAGUUUAUUCGAGGAAAAAUGGAUAAUUACCCAUUGAUGGGUAAUGAUAGGUAAAUAAUUGAAUUUUAUGUUUUUCAAAAAUAGAUUUUCCUAUCUCAUUCCGCUUUUGCAGUUCUCGCCAAGACAAUCUCAUAAUCUACAUGGUUGGUGGUGCCACAUAUGAAGAAGCCGCCUACGUCAGAUCAAUGAAUAAGAAACGGCAACAAGGAUUUGGCGGACCCUCAAUUAUUCUAUCAAGCAAUUGUAUGUUGAAUACAAAGAGCUUUAUUGAUGAUUUAUCUGUGAUGUGA